AUGACUAAACCGGAUAUCACCUGUGAAAACCCCUUUUGUCGGGCUAAGUGGGAGGUCUCCGAGUGGUCCAAGUGCUCCGUAUCUUGUGGAGGAACAGGAUACCAGUAUCGGGAGCAGAAAUGCGUAUGGGAACACACUGGUCAAUCCGCUGGAUCCGCCUGUUAUGAUGCCAAAAUUGAGGCUCCUACUGCUGUUCAGCAAUGCCAUACUAAACCUUGCAAAACCUGUGAGUCCUCGCGCACUCUACUAAUUUCCUAA